AUGGAAGGUCAUCUUCACCAGCAUCACCACCAUCAGCAACAUCAGCAGCAGCAACAUCACAUCAGUGUAAACGUUGACACCAGCGACAGGUUUCCUCAAUGGAGUAUUCAAGAAACGAAAGAGUUUUUGAUGAUCCGUGGAGAGCUGGAUCCAACUUUCAUGGAGAAAAAGAGAAACAAAGUUUUGUGGGAAGUUAUAUCUAAUAAAAUGAAAGAAAAGGGUUAUAAUCGUAGCGCAGACCAGUGCAAGUGCAAGUGGAAGAAUCUUGUUACACGAUACAAGGGUUGUGAGACGAUAGAACCUGAGUCUACGAGGCAACAGUUUCCUUUCUACAAUGAGUUGCAAGCCAUUUUCACAUCAAGGAUGCAAAGAAUUUUAUGGGCUGAAGCUGAAGGAGCCGCAGCUGGGUUGAAAAAGAAAGCAGUGCAGCUAUCAUCUGAGGAGGAGGAUGAAAAUGAAGAAAUUAGCGAGGGAGAGAAGGGCAGCAGUAGAAAGAAGAUCAAAAAGGGCAAGACAGUCGGUGGAGCUAGUAGUAGUAGUGGAAAUAGUAAUAGUUUGAGAGAGAUUUUGGAAGAUUUCAUGAAGCAACAGAUGCAAAUGGAAAUGCAAUGGAGAGAAACAUUUGAAGCAAGGGAAAAUGAGAGGAGGAUGAAGGAGAUGGAGUGGAGACAAACCAUGGAAGCAUUAGAGAAUGAGAGGAUAAUGAUGGAUAGGAGGUGGAGAGAAAGAGAAGAACAAAGAAGGAUGAGAGAAGAAGUUAGGGCUGAGAAGAGGGAUGUACUUAUCACAGCACUUUUAAACAAGCUUAGAAGAGAAGACAUGUAG